GGCUCAUCAUGAGGUAUCCGACCUUUAGAAAUGCCAAAGCGUGGAUUUUAGUGAGCGAGAAGAAAGGGCUUGAUAGAGGGCCCUCGUCAUCAUGAGCGAAAGAGACAGAAACAGGGCAAUCGGUAAGCAGCAACAACAGCGCUUCAAUGAGGAAAGCUUUGACUACAAGUCUCCAAGACCUCCGGUUCUUGGGGAGGAGAGGAGCCAUUUUUCGUCAGACUGGGGACCGCCACCUUCUCAAAUGGACUGGAACAAUUACAAGUCUUCCCCGCCUCCACCUCGAAAGUAUAGCAGCUAUCAGAAUGAAUCCCCACCAGCCCCCUUUGGAUACGAACCCGAAGGCAGUUGCCAGUCGAAUUCCCAUUCCUCUUCCAGACACGAACGAGUUUCCUGCGACGAUUCCCCACCCCCAGCCUGCGUCAAAUGGGCGCAGUCUCUCCAUUCUCUUCUCCAAGACCCCGAUGGAGUCAAACUCUUCCAACAGUAUUUGGAAUCUGAGGGUCAGCAUCACGCCGACACUCUCGACUUUUGGUUCGCUUGUGAGGGACUCCGCAAGCAGACUGCGAGAGAGAAAAUACAUCAGUUGGUUAAAGUUAUAUAUAAGAAAUUUUUCGUUAAGUCUGCCCUUCCUAUCGGCGAGGAGUUGAGGAAGGAAAUCGGUAAACAAAUUAAGUCGUCUCAGUGCCUUGAGCCCCCCGUAACACUGUUCGAUAAAGCGCAGUCCAUUGUCGAACAUUUAAUUUACGAAACCACAUACCAAAAUUUCCUCAAAUCCGAUCUGUACCUGCAAAAUUUACAAAAUGUUCAAAGUAGUAGCAGUAGUAGUAGCGAAUUUAGUAAUGUAUUAUCAAACUUAAAUGUACCGGAUCCCUUGCCAACACUUCACGAAGAUAUGGAAUUAAUUAUGAACCCACCGGUUCAUCUGAGUCAUACUUCAGGAAAUGGUAGUGUGAGUACUGGCUACCACACUCCUAAUGUUGGUGCGACAGGACCCGUCCGCCUUACUAGGGACUCCUUACUCAUUUCCCAGAAACGUAGGGCUGCCGAAGUGAGGCCUAAAUCUGAAGCAGUCGCCAGUAUGUUCAUGUACCGUUCUGCUGCCGCUGGAGCUCAUGCUGCGUAUAACUCGUACAACCCGAAUUCGAGGCAGGAUAGCGAGUUACAUUCGUUGAGUAGUCAUUCGGAUGCUAGAACAGAAUCAGACAACAUGUCCAUGACGAGCAGCUCUGUUGAUGGCAGAUCACUGGGUAGAACAUCUCGUCGUAAAGCGGUUAUGGAAGCAAGGAAAACCCGCGAGUAUGCAGCUCUUAAUCAGGAAACCAACAUGAACCAAAUUCUAAUUCCAAGAACACAACGCGUCGAUACUAAACAGUGUCAGCCAAUGGACAGGGACACGUUUGCAUCCAUCCUAAUUGAAAAGUUGGAAGCGGUCAAGUUGUCUCAGGAGAAACAAGAAUUGUUGGAGAGAAAAUUGAAAGAGAGCGAUUCGAUGGGCUCUAUGAGCGACAUACAGUCUCGAGAGCUGGCAAAUGCUAUCAGGGAGAAGUUGCAGCUAGAAGACGAUAAUGACCAGGACAUUCUCGAUCAGCAUGUAUCCAGGGUGUUUUCUGAUUUGACGCCGGCAAUGUCUCCGGGACUUUCCAGCCGUAGAUCACAUUCGCCCCCUAGGAAUAGACAUGUUCAGGGUGCAUAUAUGCGACCAAGGCGGAAAGACAAAGAUGGCUUCUCGACUUUCAGUGGUGAUUCUGGUAACGUUCACGACUAUGCUGACGGAUCGGAACAUAAAUUGUCGAUGGUGAAGUCGAAGAGUAUGUCGGAAUACCCAGAUGAGAGAUUUGUCAGAGGAUCUUCUGGCAGAAGAUCUUCCAAAAAGACCCUUACCGAGCUGACGGACAGCGGAGUGUCUGUCGUGUCGGAUACAAUAUCGGCAACUGCACCCAUCAAAGACACUCGCGUGAUCGCUUGGUUAAUGGAGUCCGAUAAAAGCGGCCGAGGUUCAAGUCAUACUCACAGUGAAAUGUCCUUGAAGCACCGAAGCCACAGAACUAGUAGCGUAACUUCUCCCAACGCCAGCAGGAGACGGAAAGGUUUCGGAUCGAGAUCCAGUUCUUUGGAGAGGGGCAGCAGCAGUGGAGCAUUGGGUCCAGCGCAACCAUUCAUCGCAGACCCUAGCAUGCCGCCGUUACCCUCUCCAAACACUGCUAUUCAACUGGAGGAAGCUAGAAGGAGAUUGAUGGAGGAUGAUGUUAGAACCAGGCCUAAACAAAGGUCGUCUAACCGAUAUUAUCCGGAUGUUGCUCAGAGCAGUCAGUCUACUUUGAGAAAAUCGAUGAGGGGUCCACGGACUGCAAUGGCCGGAGCCGAAGAUGUUACGACAGUAGUAUUCAAUUUUUGCGAAGAACAGUUUCCUUACAGAACCAAAAUUCCUGGCACUCAGGUCACUUUAAGACAGUUCAAGGAAUAUCUUCCGAAAAAAGGAAAUUACAGGUACUUUUUCAAGACGGUGUGCGAAGAACUUGGUAAUCAAGUUAUCCAAGAAGAAGUCAUCAAUGAUGCAGAGGUACUUCCUUUAUGGGAAGGAAAAAUAAUGGCUCAGGUGAAGCCAAUCGACUGAGUUAUUACGUUUUUUUGAACGUAAUUUGGAAAUCUUAUACGAAUCUUUUUUUGAAACCUCUUAUUUAAGUAUGUAAAUUUUUUAUUUCAUGCAAAAUAAUUUAUUUUUCUUUGUUGUUGAAUGUUUUGUGUGUUUACUGGCGAAGAGAAAAAUCUUGAGUUUCGAACGGUUAGGCACAAAAAAUGCAACAAGGUGGUAAAUAAAAGUUUGAUUGUUCAUAGAGCACGACUGAUAGUUUGUCUUGUUCGUUAUUUGAUGUAUUUUUCGAGGAAAAAACUAAUUUUGAGAUGCAUUCAUCCUGCCAUUAUGAACUAUUUCGGUUAUUUUAUUGUUAGUCUACCAGUAAAAAGGUCUAUUUAGCCACUAAUGCCUAACAUUGAACAUUUUCAAAUUUGAACUAAUAGGUAUACCUAAGAAAUUUAUUCAGGUGUUUUCAGAAGGAAAGGCUACUUUACGUGUUUGUUCCAUAUUUGGGAACAGAACAAUUAUUAAGGAGUAUCGGGUUAAGUCUUUUGCAGGGUGAAGAAAAUAUUUUUUUGGUAAGCAACUAUGUCUUGAAUCCUACAAUUCAGGAAGACAUUCGAAAAAAUAUAUGUCAAAAAAUAAAUACUUCCCUGUCUAAUACCUCCAAAUAUCUCCUCAGGUAGUAAUAUAUUUCCAUAAAUUUU